AUGAGGGAUUAUAUCCAGCGAACGCCGCACCCGCCUCCAACUGAAUAUAUCACCUUAUCCUUCUAUCAGUUUCGUCCGAUUGAUGAGGCUGAUGUGUUUAAGAUUCAAUACUAUUUCCUAACAGAUCUGCGUCCCAUGGAUGUUGUUGGCAGAAUCUACGUUUCCAGCGAGGGAAUCAAUGCACAGAUCAGUUGUCCCAAGAAUCGGGUCGAGGAAUUCAAAACGUAUUAUGCCACACAUUGGCCAAUUUUUAACAAAAUUCGGUUUAAUCCUGCCAUGUCUGAGGGCAAGGCAUUCAAAAAGUUGCAUGUUCGAGCUAAAAAACAGCUCGUAUCCGAUGGCAUUGACAAUAGCACGUUCGAUCUGAAUAACGAGCCUACAUAUCUUACACCAGAAGAGUGGCACAAAGAAUUAUCAUCUCUAUCGGAGCCUCCUAUUUUGAUCGACAUGAGGAACCAUUAUGAAAGCGCCAUUGGUCAUUUUGAGAAUGCUAUUCGACCGGAUGUUACUACUUUCAAGGAAAACAUUGAAGCCAUGUUUGAGAUCUGCAAGGGUAAAGAAGACCAGGAUAUUUACAUGUACUGCACUGGAGGCAUUCGUUGCACACGUUCAGGAGCAUUGCUUAAAUCGAAAGGGUUUAGCUCUGUCAAGAUGCUGCAAGGAGGCGUUACUGCAUAUGGUCGUUAUAUUCAAGAACAACGUGGUGAUGCAAAGGAAAAGGCUGAUCCAUCUACUUCAACAAAGGAUGCCAAAGUCCACUCUAUCUAUAAGGGAAAGAACUUUACCUUUGAUAAACGUCUAGGCGAACCUAUUACAGAGGAUGUGAUCGCCAAAUGCCAUACAUGUGGUGCUCCUUGUGACCUUUACUUGAAUUGCUCCAACAUGGCAUGCAACCUAUUGAUGAUCUCUUGCCCUUCCUGUCUGCAAAAGCAUGAGGGUACAUGUGGUUCUCAAUCGUGUGUGGACAUGGUCAAAGAGCUGAAUGAAAAGCAGAAGCAGAUCCAAAAGGAUCAUCCAGGUCUUAUAGGCAUGAAAGCACGGCCUGGUAUCAAGCCCUACCAUGAACAUCGCCUUCGCGUUAGGCCAUUGACGGUUUUAGAGAUGAGAAAGAACGAAGUACUUUCGUGA